CGUGCCUGCGCGUCCAGCCAGUCGGGCCGGCGCACGCGCAAGGCUGAGGAGGUGCCGGCAGUGAGGCCGACAUGGGCAACGCCAGCAAUACCGCUGCGGAAGAAUUCGCGCUUUUGACGUCGUGAAGUGCGUGGAGUCUGUCUGCACCCUGCCCUAGCCAGGAUGGGGUUACCGGGAUGCUGCCUAGUCCUGUUCCUAGCGACCAUCGCGGUCGCCCACAACGGCCCCGGCCACCUCAUCCCCCCAUCUUCGCCCUGCCCGCUGGUGUUCCGAUAUGAGCCCAGCCCGACGGCCGCCACCGGCUGGAUCGGAGUGGUUCGCCUGCUAGCGCCCCCCAAGUUCUCCGCGCUGCACCUGAGCGUCCACCUCGCCGCCCGCCAGCACCUCCCCGGCGAGCCCGGCACGCUGUCGCUGCGCGGGGGCGUGGCGGCGGCGCGCGCCGUCAUCCGCGCCACGCAGCAGGGCCGCCGCGCGCCGCUGGAGUUCGUAGCCGAGUUCCCCUGCGCCACCGUCAUGGUGCCCGCCCUGCUCAACGUCACCGCCAACGGUCGAGUCUUCUGCUCGGCCGCGGCAGAGCCUGCCGACACCAAAAGCACCAUCUCCCUGGAAGCGGACCUGGAGACGGGGUUCGACCGAGCGGCACCGGGCGACGAGGACUUCGGAAUCGCCCCGGAAGGCAGCAAGGUCUGGUCUGGCCAAAGCGAGCCGGCACGAGUCUGCAUGCCUGCGGCACCACCCCACGACUCCAGCCCCAGCGAGGCACCUGAAAAUACUGCGCCGGGCCCGAGCCCCUCUGUCAUCAACCUGCCGGCCGUCAGCAGAGUGCCACCCGGCCUGCCGCUGUUCAGGCCGCCCCCUCCGCCUCCAUCCACCUCCAUGCCUCCUCCAGAACCGCCGGCGCCGCCCCCUCACCACUCAGCAGAGGGUUUCGUGCAGCCGAGCCCCACCGAUGCAUGCGGGCGAGCGUGGGGGGCCAACCCCUUGGUGACCCGCGGCGCGGCCGCUGCACGCGGACGCUGGCCCUGGCUCGUGGCGCUCUUCAAGAAGCUGGGACGCCGCGACCAGCUGGGCCUCAACUUCGAGUGUGGGGCCACGCUCGUGUCCAAGAAGCACGUUAUCACAGCGGCCCACUGCGUGGAGUCCCGACGCGGCCGGCCCGUGGACGCGGCCGUGCUGGUGGUGUACCUGGGCAAGCACGACCUGCUGUCGUACACCGAGCCGGGCCAGCAGACGGCCGAGGUGGCCUCGGUGCGCAUGCACCCGCAGUACGGCCGCGACACUGCCUACGCCAACGACAUCGCCCUCCUGGUGCUGGCCGACCCCGUGGAGCCCACCAGGCACAUCCGGCCCGUCUGCCUCUGGGAGUCUGCCGGCGCGGACACCGACUCUCUCGUCGGCAAGAUCGGCGCCGUGCCGGGCUGGGGCAAAGACGACAGCGGCGCCAUCUCGAAUGAGAUCCGCGUGGCCAACAUGCCUGUCGUGUCGCAGGAAACGUGUCUGCGGUCGAACGUAUUCUACCUGUCCUUCACCUCCAACACGACAUUUUGUGCCGGAUUUCGAAAUGGCACCAGCGUCUGCAACGGGGACUCCGGCGGCGGCUUGUUCGUCAAGGAGCCAGACGGUCGCUGGCGCAUCCGGGGCAUCGUCUCCGUGUCCAUGUUCAGCGUCAACGAGCAAAGCUGCGACUCGUACAACUAUGCCGUGUUCACGGACGUGUCCAAGUUCCUGCCCUGGCUCUACGACGAGAUGCACCCCACACUGUAAAGAUGGGUUGUCACUUCAUGACGAAAUUGAAGAUGAUCUUUUCAUCACUUUAAAUUCAUGCUGAUUUCAUCCCAGCCCCUACGCUUAGGCAUGAGCGUGACAACGACGUCAUCAACACGUUUUAUAACAUCCUUGUGAGGAAAAAUAAGCCUUGAAAUUGUCGUGUGACUUCCAAAUUCGUUACAGUUGUGGUGAACCGGUGACGUAUACUAUGUAUAAACGGUGAACGGUGGUUGCUGCAGGAAAAUGCUUUAAACUUGAAGUGAAGACCUCUGUGUAAGACUCUGUUUUUGUUAUCAAUAAAAACCGACCAAUAUUGAU